AUGAGUGAUGCUGUUACACUGACUGUAUCAUCAGAUAAACCACAGACAGUUUUAAGUGUUUCUCCACAGCAGUGGUUGACUGAAGGAGAUUCAGUGACUCUGAUGUGUGAGGUUAGAAGUUCAUCUACAGGCUGGACAUUCAGCUGGUUCACUGUACAGAUGAAUAAAGAUGUUGAUUAUGAGCUGGUGUCAAACAGCAGUGGAGGAUCUAAAGGCAUCUACACAGUGAGUUCAGUGACUGUGAAGCACACAGGAGUUUAUAUGUGCAGAGCAGAGAGAGGAGAUCCAGUCUAUCACACAGACAGUAACACACAAACACUGUGGAUUACUGGUGUUUCUCCUUCAGUCUCUCUGAUCAUCAGACCCAACAGAUCUCAACACUUCUCAUCUGAAUCUCUCUCUCUGAGCUGUGAGGAUCACAGUAACUCUACUGGAUGGACAGUGAGAAGAUACAGAGAAAAUAAACUGAAACCUUGUUCAUCAUCAAGCUGGAGAUCUACAGGAACAACAUCUACAUGUACAAUCAGAUCUCUCUACACAUCUGAUACUGGAGUGUACUGGUGUCAGUCUGAAUCUGGAGAGAAACUUCAUCCUGUUAAUAUCUCAGUACACAUUGUUGAUGUGAUUCUAGACAGUCCUGUUCAUCCUGUGACUGAAGGAGAUCCUUUGACUCUACGCUGUUUAUAUCGAGAUAAAAACCCCUCUAACCUGAGAGCUGAAUUUUAUAAAGAUGGAUCAGUGGUGCAGACUACAGGAGACAUGAUGAUCAUCCCUACAGUCUCAAAGUCACAUGAGGGUUUCUACUAUUGUAAACACCCAGCGAGAGGAAAGUCUCCAAAGAGCUGGAUCUCAGUCAGAGGAAAUUCUCAAGUGAAGAUGUUUGGCUUCAACAUGAUCACUUUUCCACUGGCAGUUUGUCCCUAUCUGUUAGCAACAGUCGUGCUGGUUGUCAAAUGCUGUAGACUGAGAGGUGAAACAUCUGUCUGAUUUAUUAGGUCUUUAUACUUGAUUAUUCAAUUUAUAUGUAAAAAUUUGUAAAAGUAUGUCUCGGUCUGAGUAGGGAGGGUCUUCGUUUUCGUUUUUUUCUUCUACUUAAAGGGAUUGUUCACCCAAAAAUGAACAUUCUGUCAUCAUUCACUCGCUCUCAUGUUGUUACAAACCCGCAUAAAUUUCUUUGUUUAGAUGAGCACAAAGGAAGAUAUUUUGAGAAAUGGUUGUAACCAAACCCUUCGUGGGUAUAUAAAAUGUAAACCAAUGAAUCUGUCUCUGUUUAUCUUUUUUUUUUUCAUGCAAAUACAGUACAGAUUUAGAAAGUCAUGAUGAGACAGUCAAAAUUAUGCGAUACAACACAAUAAUUAUUAGUCAGAUGAUUGGACUAAAAAUUGUAGGUGUUACAUCAACAUCAUCCAGGUGAUUUAAGUGGAGGGAUUUACAAGUUUAUUCUCAUUCUCUUCAAAUUGUUCACCAAUCAGUCAUGCACGAGAUUAGUUACAUGUAUGAAAUACCAGUGGCGGAACUAGAAUUUUUUAAUGGGGUGGCCAGGGGGUGGCCAAAGCUACUUUAGGGGGUCCAUAGUCCAUAAAAGAAAAUUACAUGUAACCAUGUAUCAAGAAAGCAUAAAUGAAUCUUUUGAUCGCAUUAGAUGUAAACAUAAUAAGGGUGAAUUUUGAAUCUUUCUACUGUAUUUCUUACAUCUGAUUUACUGUCUGUUAAAGGGAUUCACCCAAAAAUGAAAAUUCUGUCAUCAUUUACUCACCCUUAUGUUGUUCUAAACCUGUAUUUUAUUUUAAUAAACACAAAAGAAGAUAUUUUGAUAAAAGAUGGUAAGCACACAAUUAAUGGUAUAUCCAUUAAAUCCCAUUAUGUUGUUUUUAUUCCUACUAUGGAAGUCAA